CGUGCCCAGAUAUAGAAUAAAGUUCCUCCUCCUCGGUGUGGAUUUCCUUGUCUACUUUGUUAUAUGUGCAUGUAAUGGUUGUACAGGUCUUAAAACAUAUUAAUAAUGUUUGUUGACAGAGUUCUACCUUGGAUUAAUUGGAUGAUAAGAAAGGAAUUCUGAGGUUCUCUUUUAAGUCGGUGUUGUGUUGGAUGGGGAUGGGGCUUGAAUUAUCAUCUCAAUUGGGUAUUUGGGUUACUUUGAUUGCAGAUUUGCUGCAUUUUCACUUCCCUUUGGGUUACUGUAUUAGACCAGAAGUUGCUGGCAUCAAGAGAAUUCCAUCUUUUUUUGCAUGGAAACUGGUUUCUGCAGUUCGGUUCUUGCAGUUUCCUUGUGUUGUUGGCUACUCAUCCUUUCUAGAGUAUGCUCAGGGGGGAAUUUGAAUGGGGUCCGUAAAGUUAGAGGUGUGAACCUGGGAGGAUGGUUGGUUGUGGAAGGAUGGAUUAAACCUUCUCUGUUCGACGGUAUCCCCAAUGGAGAUAUGCUUGAUGGAACCCAAGUACAGUUCAAAUCAGUGGCACUGCAGAAGUAUGUUUCUGCAGAAAAUGGAGGAGGUCAAGCAGUAACUGUAGUCAGAGACGUACCUUCAUCGUGGGAAACCUUCAGGUUGUGGAGAGUAUCUGAGACAGAAUUUCAGUUCCGUUCCCUUGGAGGCCAGUUCCUGACAUGUGAUGCUGAAGGGGAUUCUGUAUCAGCAACAGAAGAAUCACCAUCCAUGAAAGAAACAUUUUCUGUUGAAAGAAAUAGUGAUAACAGAAUUCACAUUAAACUUAAAAGUGGUAUAUAUCUUCAGGCGACCUUAGCAAACCAGCUCACAGCAGACUAUCCAGGGAAGCCAGGCUGGGAUGACAACAUGGCCACAUUUGAAAUGAUUAUUGUAGCAAAUAACUUGCAUGGAGAUUACCAGCUUGCUAAUGGUUAUGGGCAUGACAAAGCCAAGGAAGCACUUACGGAACAUAGAAACAACUUUGUCAAAGAGGAGGACUUUAUUUUCCUGCACAGGCACGGGAUAAAUACAGUGAGGAUACCAGUCGGUUGGUGGAUUGCCCGAGAUCCAAACCCACCACCACCUUUUAUUGGGGGUUCUCUGGCAGCCCUUGAUAAUGCAUUCUCAUGGGCACUGAUGUAUGGCAUAAGGUGCAUUAUUGACCUUCAUGCAGCUCCAGGAUCCCAAAAUGGAAUGGAACAUAGUGCCAGUAGAGAUGGUUCAGUAGACUGGCCGGCAUCUCUAGAUUACAUCUCACAAAGCUUGGAUGUUAUUGAUUUUUUGGCUUCCAGGUACUUCAUAUCAAACCUUUAUAAGCUCCAUGAUAUAGGAUCAUGA